GGGUUCACCUGGCCAGAGGAGUUAAAAUAACAAUGGGAUUAACAAUGUUCAAGAAAAUUUGUAUCAAAAAGGAAGUUAUUUGUCUGCAUGAUGGGUUCAACAUAAACAAUCAGAUACUGCUACCCAAGUGACCCUCUUUGGUAGGCUUUAAAAAUUUUUUUUAACAGUUACAUUAGUAAUCUGUGAACCCAACCAUUAACUGGAAAAUAGUCGAGGGGAAUCCAGGUGCAAAAAGCAGGUUCUUUGUACUUAAGGAAUACAGCUUCAAAACACCUCCAAAGUAUGGAUUAAAAUAGCAAUUCACCUUAUCACCUUCCCCGGACUAAGAGCCCCACCUAUAAGACUUCCCCUGAUUCCCCAGGGAAGAGGGUCACAGUUCUUGAGGUGCUGUCAUGCUGUUUUCCCGUUUCCCUGGCAAAGAUAAAGCUAUUGUUUUUUUCCUCAAAAAAAAAAAAAAAAAAAAUCCUCAGAAUCCUUCCUUUUCUGAUGGUUUCAUGGAACCAAAUUAUUUAUGGUAAGAUUCUUUUGUUUCAAGCUCCCAGAAAGUAAGCUUAAAUGGCCUUAACCUGAGUUUUCUCCAGAGAUACUUCCCUCGAUCCCAAAGACAUAGAGAUUGAUUUUGUGCCGUGACCUUUUGACAGCCCCAUAAAGCCUAUGAUCCCUUCUCGGCAUGCUGUAAAUGUGCUUUACGUAGUGCACACACAACUCUGAAUUCUAUCUGCGGACUCGUGGUUAGAAAUCCUUUGACAGGGGUCACAAUUAUGAGAAGGCUACGUAAUGAGGCCUGUAACUGCUGUUACCCCAGCACCCUGUUCUGGAACCCCUUCUCUCAACUGACUUCGGAGAAACUAGCUCGCUUCAAAGUGGCUGAGGUGAGAAGCCACAGUGGGGAAUUUUUCUUUAGUUGGAAACGGAAAGAGAAAGAAGUUAGCCCUCUUAAGUCUGACCAGUCUAGAGGAGGGAGAGGUUCUGUCACCCAGUUUUGGCCUUUUGUGGAAAUAGCCCCUUUCACUGUAUACAUGAUAAACGGGCUUAUUCAUAACUAUGGACACACCCAAGACCCCCUUUCUCUUCAUCGAGAUCUCGCUCGCUCUUGGUGGGGCGGUAUUUGCCCUCAUGACCUCUACCAAGCCGUCCAAACAUUGGCUUCCCCGUCUGGAAGAGCGAGCUGUGAGUGUCUGCGCAGCAGAUUUAGGCUCGAGGCCUGGCCGUCGGCCCAAACGAGUCGGUACCUAGAGUUUUCGUCAGGGUGGCCGGCUAGCCAGCGCCGUCAAGAGCGUAACCGGCCCGCUUCCUGCGUCGCAGGGGCACCGCCCUCGCGGCCGGGGGAGGGGUCGGCGCCAGAAAGCCGCUCUCCCCUCCCCAGAGCCUUCCUGGCGGCUGGCGGCCGGCGGCCAGCAGUACUUCAGGGUCGGAGGCGGGGAGGGCCGUCCCGCGCAGCCGCUGCGCCGCUGGAGUAGCCGCCCCGCCCGCCUCGUCGCGGAGGAGCCCCAGAAACGCACUUCCACCGCGGCCGAGCCCACUUCCGCCUGCUGCUUCCUGGGGCCGCCAGGCCUGAGCUUUAGCUUCUCCGGAAUUCAUUAUCCUGCUUAACACCCUGUAAAGCCAUCCUCUCCUCGUUCUUUCCAAAACCCGUAUAAUGCCGCUUCCACUUCGUGGCGCACACUGCUCAAACUGAACCCGGCGCAACCGCCAUCUUCGGAAAUGCUGGUAGCUGUCGGGAAAAUGGAGAUGAAUGAAGAGCUAGACAGGCCUCUUCCCAGGUACAUUUUAGGCUGCUGCCUGACAGCAGGCCAUAAUGCUUCCGAACCCUGGCCCCCUACCAUUUGCAACCAGGUGCAGAUUGGAGGCCGCGGGCGGGCGGGGGUGGGGCGGGGUUGAGUUUUGAAAAAAAGAUCAAGAGAAAGAUGCUAGUUUUUUUUUUUUUUUUAGUUGCGCUAAUGACUCUAGUAGUUCUGCUUCUUGUGAUAACUUAUAAGGGAAUGAUAGAGAAUUAAACGUACAAAAGAUUUAUUAUUUUUCACCAAAAAAUGGAGAAACUCCAAACUUGUGACCAACUCAUUAAUGAUCCACUGAGUCUCACUGAGUCUUGACAUGUUGAAGAAUAAUUAGAACUUUACUCUUCCGGGCUGAGUUGUUAACUUGUUUCGAUUGAUUUCUGCAUUCCCAGCAGGACUCUUUUAAGUCCUUGCCCCUUCAGACCCUAACUAUUCUCACUGCCGCAUAACUUGAGACUGGAUGAUACCUUCAAACACCACAGUUCCCACUGUAGAGUGAAAUUAUCUGAUCCUUACACCGGUUAAAGAGGUGGAGGUUCCUUAUACUUAAGAACUUUUUUUAACUUAAGUUAUACUACAAUAAAAAACCAAAAAUGAAAUGACAUUUUUAAUGUUGAAUGGCAUGGAAAGGUGAGCAUCUUGUAUAGUUUGAUGAAAUCACAUGUACAAGGUAAUCUCAUUUUUGUAAAAAAAAAUUAUAAGAAUAUGCAUCAAAAUGGUGAUUUUCCUCUUUAUGUUUAUUUUUUAAAUGUUCUGCAGUUAUAAUAGUGGAAAAUAAAAGUUAUUUUGUAAACUGUGUGACUUAUAAGAGAUGAAUAUUCUGUUAGCUAACUCCUCAGUUUCCAUAGAGGUAAACAAAUAAUGUCAGUUUGAUAAAUCAAGAAAUAGAAACAUGAACAUUAUUUCGGAAUCUGGAGUUACCUCUAAAAGAUACUGCCUCUUGAGGCUGAGGAUGGGGUCAUGUUCCUUUUCAUUUUAAGCUCUUGGAUAUAAGUGUGGGGUUUUUCUUUUCUUUUUAAAAAAUAUAUGUACAUUUUACUUUGCUAAAUAAAUUUU